GGUGUAGCGAGGAUCAGAACGACGGACGUUACGUUGAUAUAAACACCACAACACACGGCAUCAAUUACAGCGGCAAGGGCCGCCUGAACCCCUCUUUACUUUAUCCACCUCUAUUUUGCUGGGUAUGCCUUGAGCAUUGGACCUCCUGUUUACGCUUGCCCCUAUCCCUUGCCAGCAAAAUUUGGAGCCCUCCGCUGCCCAUCAUGCUCCAAUCACGCCUCCCAUUGAGGAGUCUACAGAGCUCAUGUAGAUGUAUCUCAUCAGCUACCGCUCGCGCAUAUUCUAGCACACUCAUUCAGAAACCAGAUGAACCAGCCGAACCGGAAAAAAAAGUUACUCCUAGCUUCGCUUUUGCGCCGCCUCCAAUUAGAGACAAAGAAGGGCUGGGUAUGCGCUCUUACACACCUCGCACUCCCGGUCUUAGGCAUCUACGAAGGCCGAUUAACGAUCACUUGUGGAAAGGAAGGCCGCUCCACAAGCUCACUUUUCCCAAAAGAGGCCACGGCAAAGGUGGCCGAAAUAGUACCGGUAGAGUGACUGUUCGACACCGGGGUGGAGGCCACAAGCGGAGAAUACGCACUGUUGAUUUCGAGCGGAAGGAACCAGGACCCCACACAGUUGAGAGAAUCGAGCACGAUCCUAACAGAAAUGCGCAUAUUGCCCUUAUUAAGUCCAAGAAUACGGGCAAAUUUAGCUAUAUCAUCGCUGCGGAGGGCAUGAGGGCAGGUGAUGUCGUCGAAAGCUACAGAGCCGGUAUCCCCGACGAGCUAUGGCAGAGUAUGGGCGGCACAGUCGAUCCCGGUGUGUUGGCUGCCAGAACCGCAUGGCGAGGCAAUUGUCUUCCUCUUCACAUGAUUCCCGUCGGCUCAUUGAUCUACAAUAUCGGAUUAAAACCAGGCAAAGGUGGUCAAUUAUGCCGAGCUGCCGGUACCUUUGCAACCAUCACCCUAAAAGCAACUGAAGAACUGCCCGAGGAAAUACAGCAGGCGGAAGGCUUAUCAUCAGAACAAGGGGACGAGAAACCUCUUACCAUACAGGAAAGACACAAACUCAAACAGCUUGCCGACCAUGUUACUAUUCGCCUUGCCAGCGGUGAAGUCAGACUCAUCCAUAAGGAUUGUUGUGCAACAAUCGGUGUUGUAAGCAAUGCCUACUUCAAAUACCGGUCCCUUGGAAAGGCUGGACGAAGCCGGUGGUUAAAUAUCCGCCCGACCGUCCGAGGUCUUGCUAUGAACGCAGUCGACCAUCCUCACGGUGGUGGACGAGGAAAGUCGAAGGGUAAUGUCCAUCCAAAGAGUCCCUGGGGCAAGCCGGCCAAAUCCGGAUACAAAACCAGACCAAAAAACCGUGUCAACAAAGCUGUCGUUAUCCCACGCGUACGGAACCAAGGCAAGCGUCGCAGAGGAUACAACUAAGAGGUCUCCUAUUAGGCCUCUAGGUUCAUGCCCGUGGAGUUUUUGGCCUUUUCUUCGUUGUUUUAUUAUAAAUACACACGGCUACCUCCUUCCUCGCCCCGCCCCUACCCGCGUUUGCAUCCAUACGCAAUUAUAUAUUUAUAUUACUCCCACAAAUGUAUUCUCUGACAGCUAUUCCUCAUUCGGUUUGACUUCUACGCCUCCAUUGUUCGAACAGUCGAUUAGAAUAGUUAUUUCCGGAUUAGAGUGCCCGGAGGGCUGCCAUUUUCCUUCCAUCUUGUUACCAUUGUUGACUGAUGUUACGAUCCGUGGGAUGCAUGGUUUUUCCCUGAUCUGCCGCUUAAACCAGGCGGAAAGGGACAUUGGUAAAUAUAUUACCCCCCCAGAAUCGCCUGUGUGCUUCAUGCAUGAAACGGAGGUUUUCCCUUCAAAAACAUUAUCUUAAGGGCCCGUGUUGUGCUUUCUUCCAGUUUUACCUUUGUCUCGCGCUCGAUGCAAUUCAUGAUAAAACUCUUGUACAAUAUUUCCCCCCAAUCCGCCGAUUUCUGAGAUGGAUUCGCUGUUGUUCAUUUAGUCUGCGAAUAGAAACCAAUGUAUCUUUGCUUUUCACCUUUCAUUACAUUAUUGGCAUGAUCUGCCUGUAAAACAAUUCAUUCUACUUGUGCGAAAAGCAGCGGGAUUGCCAUUCAUAUUUAGAGAGAACUGGAUUUACAUUUGAUUUUAAGCUCUAAAUGAUUGAGACAUUUGUACUACGUGCGAGUCAUCCCUAGUCGCCAUGACACAUCUGUCCAUGAAGGAAACUGCUUGAAACGGAUAGAAUAAUGCCUUGGGAGAGGCGGAAAUCUAUUGGAAUAGAAACAAAAGUAUCAAUGGAGUAUAAAUAACUGCGGAAUGGGUAUAUUAUGCAGAGAGAAAACUCAAAGAAAAGAGCUACCACAUUUAACAGAAAUGUACCGCCCACCCAACGCCACGCUUAUGCAAAAGAAUUAAAAAUAAAAUAAAAAUAAAUAAAAAUAAACACGGCUUCAUCAGGAGGGUGACCGAUGUAAGAUUGAAAUCAGUCAGUUUUCUCUCACGCACUCGACCACCUUUCAUCCCAUGAGCGGCCCCUGCCCACCACCAUCGUUACCGGCGCAUCCCUGACUCUGGUACACCUGCGAACAAGCCCCUUGAUAUACUCAAUAUUAACAGCAUGGGCAUUCGCCAGAUGCAACACAAACUGGCCCUCAUCCAGACAAUCAUGCCAACCCACACAAUCACCGAAGCCAUGGAAAUCCCAGAGGUGGUGCAUGCGCACGUCCCUGUCGAGAUAAUGGGUUCUGUCGAGCCUCUCCUCACAAGCAUUGCACCAGUCCACAACCAGCUCCCCAGUUUCGUCUUCGUCCUCGUCGAAGAAAUCUGCUAGGUUUGUAUAAUCGGUGAUUUGGGGACAGGUGUAGGUGUUCCUGGGUUGGUGCCAGAGGUCGUAAUGGUCGAGGCUGGGGUGCGGCACCUGGCAGUCUUUACAGGGCUUCGCUGUUGUUGCCCGCUGGUUGGGUGAUGUUCCGAUC